ACUAUUUUGUAAUUCCUAUUUCAGAUUAUACUUGUCCGUUCUCUGAUAUGGAAAGCCAGAAGCGUUGCGAACAGUGACAGCAACCAGUAUUGCAAUAUACGUUAUAUAUGUUGUAGAUAGUUCUCUUUACUGCAUACCGUCCCAUAGUUUUCAUAUAAGUGACAUUUAUACUUCCUUUUUUUUUCUAAAAUUUUUACCUUGUCAAAAAAUUGUAUGAAACAUGGAAUUGAAGAAGAACAAUGCCGCGUUGACCUCACAAAGGUCAUCUUCUAGAACCACAUCCACAAGGAGCUACAAAAAUGCCCCAAAAAAUUCCACUUCAUUCCUUUCUCGUUUAUCUAUUCUGAUAUUUGCCUUAUCAUGUGCUAUUUUUGUAAAUACUGCAUCAGGGGCGGCAGCUAAUAGACCAAACGCGAAUGGCUUUGUGUCACCUACUUUAAUAGGAUUUGGCGAAUUAAGCAUCCAAGAAUCAGAAGAAUUCAAAAGAAUGGCUUGGAAUAAUUGGAUGUUGCGAUUGGAGUCCGACUGGAAACAUUUUAACGAUUCUGUUGAAGAAGCCAAAACCAAAUGGCUUCAUGAAAGAGACUCAGCUUGGUCUGAUUGGCUUCGUUCCUUGCAAAGUAAAUGGUCUCACUAUAGUGAAAAAAUGCUUAAAGAACACAAAAGUAAUGUUAUGGAAAAAUCAGCCAACUGGAAUGACACGCAAUGGGGAAAUUGGAUAAAAACUGAAGGAAGAAAAAUUCUAGAAGCGCAAUGGGAAAAAUGGAUUAAAAAAGGUGAUGACCAAUUACAAAAGUUAAUUUUAGAUAAAUGGGUUCAAUGGAAAAAUGAUAAGAUCCGAUCCUGGUUAUCCAGUGAAUGGAAAACCGAAGAAGAUUACUACUGGGCAAAUGUAGAGCGCGCUACAACAGCAAAAUGGUUGCAAGAAGCAGAGAAAAUGCAUUGGCUUAAAUGGAAAGAAAGAAUUAACAGAGAGUCUGAACAAUGGGUGAACUGGGUCCAAAUGAAAGAAAGCGUUUACAUCAAUGUAGAAUGGAAAAAAUGGCCCAAAUGGAAAAAUGAUAAAAAAAUUCUAUUUAACAAAUGGUCAACUAACCUUGUCUACAAAUGGACACUGAAAAAGCAGUGGAACGUUUGGAUUAAGGAAGCAAAUACUGCACCCCAAGUUUAG